AUGCCCACUGCAGUUAGGCAGGACAGUGGCAGCAGCGGUGGCCCUGUCACAGCGGCAACUUCACAGACACUCACUGAGGCGGUUGCGAUUACUGAAGAUUAUGUCCGAAUGCUAAGGCACACAAUUAAGCAGCAUGAUGCGGAGAAGUUGGCGUUGAUUGAGCGAAUCGACAGUUGCCUGAAGCCCGAGCAGGCCGAGGCGCAGCGCUUACGAUGUGAGGCUGCUCAGAGAGUUGAGGAAUUAGGGAAGGUUCAGAGAGAACUUUCGGAAACGCGCUCAAUGCUACAGGAAGAGAGGGAACGGGCGAAUCGCCUAAUGUAUGAAAACGUCGCGCUUCACGCGCAGGCGGGGGACGAUCGUGCGACGAUUGCUGCACUCAUGAAGCAAACCGCUGCAGCGAGAUCGGGAGCUCAGAAGCUUCCAAAUCCCACUGCCUCCACCUCACCGACCAGGCGAACUACGUCAAAACGUCGCAGCGGACAGCAAACCAUUAGCUUGCGGCAAGCGUGUGCCACCCAGCAGCAUGAUACCACAGGCGAUGAGGACCCGUACACCAGCAACUCAGCAAACGAACUUUCUUCCCCGUCAUCUGCCCUCGUGGCUGCUCUCAGAGAGGAGGUUGAGAUGCUGAAGUCAUUGCUGGACGCGCAGCGAGCCAUGCACGAGACCGAGCGAGCGAGCCGACUGCAGGAGGAGCGAGAACUGGAACGUCGGCGGACGGAGAUGACGGGUACUCACCUCGCCUCAAUUGAACGGCUGCACGGUUUACAUCAGGCGAGCCUGGCGGAUCUCAUCCAGACACGGCACGACAUGCGUAUUGAGAACCGGGAGUUGCGCGGCACCGUUGAACGGCUCCAGGUAGCCCUUAGCGAUGCACUAGCAACUCUCAAGGAAGAGAGGCAGAAACACACCGUCGACCUGCAGAGACAACGACAGAUUGCAGAUGAAAAUGCUAAGGUGGUCACCGAGCGCCUGCGUCGGCAGCUUCAGGAGCGGAGGGCAUUACUAAUUACUGAACGCGAGCGGUAUGGUGCUCUUCUCGUUCAACGCGGGGCGGAGUUGACGCGGCUGCGGGAGGAACGAACAAAGGACAAAAAGCGGUUGAGAGAGUUAGAGAAGUGGCGACGACUGGAGGUGGAGGGUGUCAAUAGCGAAGUGAACCUUAUGCGACAGGAGCUUAGGGCAAUGCAGAGACGAAUGUGGUUCUCCAGUUAG